CCGCGCCGCGCCCGCCGCCGCCCCCCGCCGCCCCCCGCCGCCGUCCCGCUCCUCGUCCUGCUCCUCGUCCUGCUCCUGGCCGGGGCGCUCGAUGGGGCCCGCGCUCUGACAUGUCUCUGCUCCGACUGCAAGCAAGCAAACUCCACGUGCGAAACGGAUGGUGCCUGCAUGGUCUCGGUCUUCAACCUGGAUGGUGUCAAACACCACGUCCGGACCUGCAUUCCCAAGGCAAAACUGAUUCCUGCUGGGAAGCCCUUUUAUUGUCUGAGCUCGGAAGAUCUGCGUAACACUCACUGCUGCUACUCGGAUUUCUGCAACAAAAUUGAUCUGAUGGUUCCCAGUGGACACCUGAAAGACAACGAACCCCCCUCGAGCUGGGGUCCUGUGGAGCUGGUGGCAGUGAUUGCCGGACCCGUCUUCCUCGUGUUUGUUGUCAUGAUCAUCGUGGUCUUUGUUUUUCACCACCACCAACGCGUCUAUCACAAUCGGCAGCGGCUGGACAUGGAAGACCCCUCUUGUGAAAUGUGCCUUUCCAAGGACAAGACCUUGCAAGAUCUAGUCUACGAUCUCUCCACAUCUGGCUCUGGCUCAGGUUUGCCCCUGUUUGUCCAGCGGACCGUGGCCCGGACCAUUGUCCUGCAGGAGAUCAUUGGCAAAGGCCGCUUUGGGGAGGUGUGGAGAGGCCGGUGGCGUGGAGGGGAUGUGGCUGUGAAGAUCUUCUCCUCUCGGGAGGAGCGUUCCUGGUUUCGGGAAGCAGAAAUAUAUCAAACUGUGAUGCUGCGCCAUGAGAACAUCCUGGGGUUCAUCGCUGCGGAUAACAAAGAUAAUGGAACAUGGACUCAACUGUGGCUCGUCUCUGACUACCACGAGCACGGCUCCCUCUUUGACUACCUGAACCGCUACACGGUGACCAUCGAGGGCAUGAUCAAGCUCGCCCUGUCUGCUGCUAGUGGGCUGGCCCAUCUGCACAUGGAGAUUGUGGGCACACAGGGAAAGCCGGGGAUUGCUCACAGAGACUUGAAGUCGAAGAACAUCUUGGUGAAGAAGAAUGGCACUUGUGCCAUCGCUGACCUCGGCCUGGCCGUCCGGCACGAUUCUGUUACGGAUACCAUUGAUAUUGCACCAAACCAAAGGGUUGGAACCAAACGAUACAUGGCACCUGAAGUCUUGGAUGAAACCAUUAACAUGAAGCAUUUUGACUCAUUUAAAUGUGCCGAUAUCUACGCCUUGGGCUUGGUCUACUGGGAGAUUGCUCGGAGGUGCAACGCAGGAGGUAUCCACGAAGAGUAUCAGCUUCCCUACUACGACCUCGUGCCCUCUGAUCCUUCUAUCGAGGAGAUGCGGAAGGUUGUGUGUGAUCAGAAGUUACGGCCCAAUAUCCCAAACUGGUGGCAAAGCUACGAGGCACUCCGGGUGAUGGGCAAGAUGAUGCGAGAGUGCUGGUACGCCAACGGAGCGGCGCGGCUCACCGCCCUUCGCAUCAAGAAGACCCUCUCCCAGCUCAGCGUCCAGGAAGAUGUGAAGAUCUAGGCCCUGAGCCCCAGCAGGAGGAAACUGCACAAAGCUGCCAUGCUAGAGUAGACGUGUGAUGGAGGCCUACCUCGUGUUUCUGCCCAAUCUACUGCUACCAACGAGACAGCGUGACUCCAGGCUGCUAGGUGGGGUGACGGAGCCUAUGGCAAUGCUCUUUUCCCUGCUUGGGUAUGAAACAAUCCGAAACCUUUUACGAUCACCUCCUGAGAGCGUGAAGACUUCCUAGAGAGGGAUUUAACUUGAGGGAUCUCAGCCAUGAUCAGAACUCCUGUUUCUUUAAUGGAAAUCCCCGUAAAGUUCACCCGUGGGCCGGGAUCGAGGCCGGGUGCUGGGAGUGGGAAGAGAAAGGAAAGGUUUCCUUGGCCGUGCUCGGAGGACUUUUUCCAGGGACUGGCACGUUUAAUGCAGCAAAAGCAAAACUCAAUGGUGCUCCCCUCUGAGAGGCUGAGCCUGAACAGUUAUCAGCUUCGUGAAACUCCUGUCCCUCCUUUGUCUUCAGCUUGACAAAGCAAGGCGAGAAGAGCGACGCGUCUGCAUGCACAGCGCGUCCCCUCUGCUGCUCAGCUCCUCCUGUAGACGUGCAGUGUCUGCCCGCAGGGUGGCUCAUCCCUGUCCGUGCUUCCUGUGCAUGUGCAACUCUCUCUCGAGUGUCCUUUCCUUGAGCUGUGCGCGCUGGUGCUCUCCUUGUUGAGUCGUGAGCAUUGUCUGCCUUGGACAGGCUGCUUCGAGCCAGCCCCGCUGGGUGCCGGGGCCCUGCUGCCCCUGCUGCAGGUUCUCUCACUGCCACCCCUCCCAUUGCUAAGACAAACCACACGA